AUAAUUUGAAAUUAAGGGUUGUUGCGCAGAUGCUUUAGCCAGUAGCUGCUGGAUGCACCGUGGAUCAACAUGGGUUAUCUCAAAGAAAUUCAUAUCGAAAACUUUAAGUCCUGGCGUGGGAAACAGGUUAUUGGACCUUUUAUGCGAUUUAAUUGUAUUAUAGGUACAAAUGGCUCUGGUAAGUCCAAUGUGAUGGACGCCCUGAGCUUCGCCAUAGGCGAGCGGGUCGCCUCUCUCCGGGUGAAGCACCUGCGGGAUUUGGUCCAUGGAGCCCACGUCGGUAAGCCUGUGUCCGACACCGCCCGUGUGGCCCUGCGCUUCUGCAAUGACGAGGACCAGGAGACUGUCUUUUCUCGUACAAUAAAAGGGGACUCUUCUGCAUAUCACAUUAAUGGUACUCAUGUUUCGAACACUACAUACAUUGAGGAGCUUGAAAAGAUGGGCAUUGUGGCCAAAGCUCAGAACUGUCUGGUGUUCCAGGGGGCGGUGGAGGCCAUUGCUUUGAAGGACCCAAAGGAAAGGACUAAGAUGUUGGAGUGUAUUUGUCAGUCCAAGCAGUAUGCUGUAGAAUACAAGACAAAGAAAGAAGCCCUGCUGAAGGCCAAAGAGGACACACAGUUUCACUUCAACAAGAAAAAAUCUGCCAGUGUGGAAAGGAAACAGGUGUCCCUGGAAAAAGUAGAGGCCCAGAAGUACCAGGCCAUGGUGGAUGACUUGAACCUGAAACGUUUGGAGCUGAGUCUUGUUGAGCUUUAUCACAAUGAGAAGGGUAUCAGCGCCAUCAGUGAUACUCACAGGGGGAAAAAGCAGUUUGCAGCACAAAAGAACAGCGAAUUAGUUACUGCGGAGCAAAGUUUCAAAGCUCAGAAAAAAGAGCAUGGGCGUCUCACUAGAGAGCAGCAGCACAUGGAAAAAGAGAUUCGUGGUCAGGAGCACAUCCUGGCUCAGUCUAGCUCUCACUACAUCAAAGCCAAAGUCAACACAUCUCAUCACAUGAAGAAGGCUGCAGAGAUCCGUGACGCUGUGAAGAAAAAUGGGAAGAUGUUGGCUGUCAAAGAGCAGGAGCUGGCAGAGGGUCGGCAGGAAAUUGCUGAGCUUGAGAGGACUUGGAAGAGGUACGAGAAGCAGACCCAGGAAGGAGUUGCAAAGGGAAGAGACAUCGAUCUCGAUGAGGCUCAGUUACAUCAAUAUAAGGAGCUGAAGGAGUUAGCCCAGACGCAGGGGGCUGUCCUCUGCCAGCAGGCUGAGAAGUUGAACUGGGAAGUGAGAGCAGACACUGAAAAGGCAGCUUUUGACCAGCGCAGAAUGAAGGAGAUAGAGGUUGCCAUUAGAAACAGCCGAACUCACCUGGAAGAAUUCAUGAGUAGAGCAGAGAAACUAGAGGAAUACACCCAGAAAUGCAAGGACUCCCUUGAAGAUUUUCGUCAGCGGGAGGAGAGCCUGUCUGCAGAGCUUGAGCAUGUGGGUCAGCGUAGCAAGGAGGUGAACCAGGAGCUGGACCAGGUGAUGGAGGAGCUGAGAAAUGCUCGUCUGGACAGCCAUGAGAGCAAGUGGCAGCAGCAGCGGCGGGAACUGCUGGAGAAGCUCCGCAGACUCUGUCCAGAAACUGUUUUUGGCCGACUGUCUGAUCUGUGCAGCCCGGUCCAUAAGAAGUACCAGCUGGCUGUUACCAAAGUGUUUGGUAGGAACAUGAGCGCAAUCGUGGUGACAUCUGAGAAGGUAGCCCGGGACUGCAUCUCUUUCAUCAAGGAGGAGCGAGCCGAGCCAGAGACGUUCCUGCCCAUUGACUACCUGGUUGUGAAUCCACUGAAUGAGCGGCUGAGGCAGAUUCCAGGUGCCAAGAUGGUGGUGGACGUCGUCCAGGUGAAUGCUACCGCAGGUGCUGCUCAGCUGGGAAAAGCGGUGCAGUAUGUCUGUGGCAACGCCUUGGUGUGUGAAACUAUGAAAGACGCCAGGAACGUGGCUUUUGACAGGCAGGAACGAGUUAGGACAGUCACACUGGAUGGGACGCUGUUUAAAACGUCAGGUGUCAUCUCUGGAGGUUCCAGCUACCUGCGGACCAAAGCUCGCUGCUGGGAUGAAAAGGACAUGAUCCGUCUGAAGGAACGCCGUCAUGAGCUGAUCUCGGAGUUGCGGGAUUUGAUGAGGCUGAAAAGGAAGGAGUCCGAUUUAAAACAGAUCUUGGCACAGGCUCAAGGAGCUCAGACCCGUCUGAAAUACACCAAAACUGAUUUGGAAAGCCUUCAGAAUAAAACCAUCCCCAAAUGCCAAGCGGAGAUCUCCCGUCUGGAGAGUGAAUUAUCAAACCUUAAGUGUCAGAUUCAGAUGCAGCAGGAGAAUCUGGAAGCAAAGAAUGCAGAGAUGAAGAGGAUCCGACAACAGAUGGAUCAGAUCGAUGACAUGGUGUUUGCAGACUUCUGUGCUAAGAUUGGUGUGGAAAGCAUUAGAGAGUAUGAGCAGGAGCACCUAAAACAGCAGGCAGAGCUCGACAAUAAACGGCUGGAGUUUGAAAGUCAGCGAGCCCGCUUGAAUGCUCAACUUGAAUAUGAAGAAGACCAACUGGCACAGGAGAGGAAGAAACUCUGCAAAAUGCAGGAUACCAUUAGUAAAGAGGAGCAAGUCAUCGUUAUAAGCAAAGAGGAUGAGAAGAAGCUUUUGGAGGCAGUAGAGGAGGGUCAGAAUAAGCUUCUGGAGAUGAAGAACCAGCUUCUUCUAAAAAAGAGCCAAGUGGCCUCAGUCAAAGCUGAGCUCAACCAGAAAACUCAAAAACUACAGGAGAUAAACAAAGAGCUGACAAAACUUCAGCGGGAGGUCAUGUGUGCAGAGACGGCUUUGGAGCAAAAACGCAUGGCUCGACACAACAUGCUGCUUUCCUGCAAAAUCCGCGACCUUCCGAUCACUCUGCUGUCUGGCAGCCUGAAUGAGAUCAGCGAGGUACAGCUUGCGACAGAUUCAGCAAGUACUUCAGCCACAAUGGACAUUUAUGAAAGAGAGGCUCAGCUGGUCAUUGACUAUUCUGAGCUGAAAGAAGAGCUCAUGAGUCUGCACAAUGAGAAGGAUAUAGAAACUCGAAUGGAGAAGAUGAAAGAGUCAAUCUCUUCUCUAGAAGAAAUGCUACAUCGCACCACUCCACCUAACCUGAAAGCUCUGGAGAAAAUGAGGGAGGUGAAGGACAAGUUGCAGGAAGUGUCUGAUGCUUUUGAUGCCAGCACCAAAUCAACCAGAAAGUGCAAUCAGGAGUUCGAGCAAGUCAAAGCUCAGCGAUUCCACCUCUUCAAUCAGUGUUUUGAGCACGUGUUGCUUGUAAUCGAUCAGAUCUAUAAAAGGAUAUGCAGAAACAGCAGUGCCCAGGCCAUCCUCAGUGCUGAACAUCCAGAGGAACCAUAUUUAGGUGGCAUCAACUACAACUGUGUGGCUCCAGGGAAACGCUUCAUGUCCAUGGACAACCUGUCUGGUGGAGAAAAGGCCAUAGCUGCUCUCGCUUUGCUAUUUGCAAUACACAGCUUCCGCCCUGCUCCUUUCUUCAUCUUGGAUGAGGUGGACGCAGCUCUGGACAACACUAACAUUGGCAAGGUGACAAGCUUCAUCAGAGAGGAGUCCAGAGAGAACAUGCAGAUAAUUGUCAUCUCCCUGAAGAAGGAGUUUUUCUCCAAAGCUGAUGCUCUUCUUGGAGUCUACUCUGAUUUUGACGGAUGCAUGUUUAGUCGCAUUCUGACGUUGGACCUGCGUCCUUACCCUCUGGUUGAAGAGGAGAACGACGAGGAAACGGACAAGGAGACCAGAGCAGACAAAGGACCGGGUUCUAGUACCCUGGAGUCAGCUUUAUGAGGCCAUCAUUUGUUUGUACUACGGCUUUGGUUUGAACUAUGGUUUGAAAAACUUGUUCCGAGAGUUUUUAUGUCCUUAGUUUCUGCUGUUCCCUGCGUCGGUUGUCUGGGAUAUGUUUCAGUCUCCAGAUCUUUGAUUGGACCGUUUUAAGAACUGGUUUUGUGGGUUAACUUUCAUGGCAGUGGGAGUUCAUGUCUAAAAUACAACCACAUAAUUACAGCAUAGUGCUUUUACAGUUUAUAUUUGAAAACGUUUUCAUGUUUGUAAUGUUUUACAUUUAAGUUAUGCUUUUAGAAAAGCUCAUGUUUAUUAAAAAUACAUUCAACAAAAUAUGCUAUA